GCCCAGCCAUGCCAUAUCUUCAAACAUCUAAAAAAGGGAAGCCAUUGUCCAUUACUGAUAUUAAGUCACAGAAAUGUGGACUGCGGCACACAGUAUUCUCUAUCAACGGGAAUGAAUACACUGGAGAGUGGCAGGACAACAAGAAACACGGGAAGGGAACUCAGGUCUGGAAAAAGUCUGGUGCCAUUUAUCAUGGAGAGUGGAAAUUUGGAAAACGUGAUGGAUCUGGUACCUACAGUGAGCGGAUCCCACAAACAAAUGAGUUGACAAGGAAGUACUGUGGUGAAUGGAAACGUGGAAAGAAGCAUGGGUAUGGGAUGUAUCUCUACAAUAACUCAGCAGUUUAUGAAGGGGAGUGGAGUGAGGACCAUCGGAGUGGAUGGGGGAGGAUGUACUAUGAGAGCGGAGAUAUCUAUGAGGGAGAAUGGAUGAAGGAUAAGAACCAUGGACAGGGCAUCAUCCAAUUUGCAAAUGGAAACUGGUAUGAAGGCACCUGGGGAGAAGGCAAGAAGAACGGCAAUGGAAAGUUCUACUACUCUGACAAAGGCCAGCUGUAUGAAGGCAUUUGGUUGGAUGGAGUAGCAAAAUGUGGAACCCUGUCAGAUUUUGGGAGGAAUGAAGCACCAAGACCAACAAAGCAUCCAAUUCCACAGGUACGUCUGGUGGAUAUGCAGUUGGUUUUAAAAGAAGCCGAGGCAGCGUACCUUCAGGAAAUCAACAGCAAGUUGUCAGUCCACAACACACUAACAGACAACGAAUAAAAAAUAAAAUAAAUGGCAUGAUGGC